CUCACUUUCUCUCUUUUUACUGCACUCACAAACCUUCUUUAGUUUCUCAUCUUUAGACUUCUUAAAGUCCUCUCCAACACAUCCGUACAAUAAAACUAGAAGCUGAGAGAUCAACCUGAACUUCCUGUUUGAUUUAGAAAGUCUUUGAAAACCUGAGAGCAGCUGACUGAAGUCAAACUCAUUUUAAAAACCAACAAAUAAAUGUUUACAUGAAGAACACGAGUUCAUCUACAGACGACUGUGUUUACUCUCUCUGUAAAAAAAAACACACACACACACACACACACACACACCAGCUGAUACCUGCGUGAUGCAGACGGGAUGAGAGUGAGCGGAGAAAAGACGAGGCAGCGUCUGAAACAAAGGAAGCGUACACAUUGAAAACCUGAAGAACUUAUUUUAUCAUGUUGUGCUUUAAGAACAAGAAGUAAUCAGUGGAUUGUUUGAUUACUUGAUGAUUAAUGUGACUUUUGAAAACAGAAUAUCAAGUCUUAGAUAAAGUCACAGCUUCCCUCCAUGUGUCUUUGUGUCUUCUGUGUUUCCUGCAGACGUCCAGCAGCUGUCGGUGGGUGAAGAAGAUCCUCAUGAGCAGCAGGAGGGGAGCUCCAGUCUGGACCAGGAGGACUCUAAGACUGUGCACAUUAAAGAGGAACAGGAGGAACUGUGGAGCAGUCAGGAGGGACUGGAGGAGGCUGAUAUCAAGUUCCCCUUCACUCCUGUCUCUGUGAAGAGUGAAGAUGAUGAAGAGAAACCUCAGUCCUCACAGCUUCAUCACAGACACACUGAAGAGAUGGAAACAGGAGCUGAUGGAGAGGACUGUGGAGGAGCAGAACCAGAGAGGGACUCAGAUCCAGAGAGAGGUUUCUAUCCAGAGAUCGAGGUCAAGAUUGAAGACUCUUCUGACCCUGAGACUGAUGUCAGUGAUGACUGGAAGGAGACCAGAGAACAUGAGUCAGGUGUACUUCACUCUGUGGAAAAGAUUAAAGAUAAGAGACCACAGAGUGUUAAGAAAGCUCUCAGCUGCUCUGAGUGUGGGAAAACAUUCAAAAGGAAAGGACAUCUGAGCACACACAUGAUCACUCACACAGGAGAGAAACUGUUCAGCUGCUCUGUUUGUGGUAAAAAAUUUGGCCACCAAAGAAGUAUAAUCAGACAUAUGAUGAAUCACUCAACAGAGAAACCGUUCAGCUGCUCUGAGUGUGGUAAAGAAUUUAGUCAAAAAGAUUGUCUGACAAGCCAUCUGAUGACUCAUUCCCAAGUGAAACCAUUCAGCUGUGCUGAGUGUGGGAAGGGAUUUAACUUCAGGUCAGGACUGAGAAUGCAUCUGGCAAAUCACAGAGGUCAUCUGUUCAGCUGCUCUGAAUGUGGGAAGGGAUUCAACCAGAGGAGACAUCUGAGAGAACAUGUGAGGAUUCACAGUGGAGAGAAACCAUUCAGCUGCUCUCAGUGUGGUAAAAGUUUUACUCAACAAGGUUCACUGACAGAACAUAUGAGAAUUCACACAGGAGAGAAACCCUUCAGCUGCUCUGAAUGUGGUAAGAGCUUCACCCGAAAUGGCAAUCUGAUGGCGCAUAUGAAAACCCACACCGGAGAGAAACCAUUCAGCUGCUCUGAGUGUGGAAAGACAUUUAACCUGAAAGGAAACAUGACCACACACAUGAAAACCCACUCGGGAGGGAAAGCCUUCAGCUGCUCUGAGUGCGGUAAAACAUUUAGUAAUAAAAGAUAUCUCACCAGACACCUGAACACUCACACCUGAGGACAGUGAACGUGGUCAGAGCUUCACCCGACAGAACAGACGAGAGAAACUCUUCAGCUGCUCUGAGGGAGUUAAGACUUCACAGAUGUGUGUGAGCAGUCAGAGCCUGUUCAAACCAAACGAUAAGAAAAGAGGC